AUCAACGCUGACGCAGUGGUGCACAGCUAUCUGUCAUUAUAAAAAUAAAAAACAUUGAGCACUUCUGCGCGGUGACUGCCAUCGUGUGCGCCCGAUGUAAUGCAUCGCAGCAGCAGCAGUAGCAGUGCAGUGCAGCGACUGGCCUACUGGACUGCAGUCGCAUUGCGAAGCUAACGCGCUCGAGUGCAGGUCGCGGGUUGCGUGUGUAUAUAUUUGCUCGGCCCAGCAUAACACCAUUGGAUAUAGGUCAACAAGCUGUGUGCUGCCGCUUGCACCGACGCUGCAGCGAACAGCUUUAUAUGAAUUGCGAGGCCUUUCAUAAGCUGGCGCACUACAUCAAUUGAAAAGUCGAUAAAAGUCGUGCGUCGUCGAGCGAAAAAAAAGAAAAAGAAAAAAAGAAGAAAAAGGAAACAAAAUGUUGCUGGACGACUUGAUAUACGUGGGUCUGCUGCUGCUGUGCAUCGGUUUUGGCAAGUACUAUCGGCAAAUCGACUCGGUGCAGCUGCGCCAAUGGGUCAGCACCGGCCUCGGCCUGGCGCUGGUGCUCUGCGUUUCCGGCAAGCACGCCAUCCAUCCGAUAUUCUCCACGGUGGUCAAUGCUAUAAUCGUCACGAGGUUGUCGCCAAAAAUCAGCCACUUGGUGAGCUUCUUCUUCGCGUUUUUCUACCUGCUGGUGAUACUGCGCCUGUCGCACCUGUUCGGCUGGUCGACGCCGUCGGGCCACACGAAUCUCAUACAGAUGAUGCUGACGCUCAAGCUGGCCGGCGUGGCCUUCGAGAUGAACGCCGCGGCGACCCACCCGCUGGGUCAGGACGAUCCCCAGGGCGCCGCCAGUGCGGCCCUCGCCAGGGUCGGAUUCAUGGAUGUGUUUCACUACUGCUUCACUUACAUCGGAGUUCUCACCGGUCCGUACUACAGAUACAGAACGUACUGGGACUCGCUGCACAGGCCGUUCGCGAUGAAGGCCGAUCACUGGGCUCACACUUAUCCGAAACUCAUACUAAGUGCCUGCUUCACCGCCAUAUUCCUGACGACCAAUUACGUAUUUCCCGCGAGGUACGCGCUGUCGGAUGAAUUUGCCGAGCGCUCGUUCCUCUACCGAACCUGGUACAUCUAUCCGACCUUCGUGACCUUCCGCAUGCGCAUGUAUGUCGGCAUGAUGCUGUCCGAGUGCGUCUGCCAGAUGGCCGGGCUCGGCGCCUACCCGACCAAGUGCGAGACCACCUCGGGCCUCGGGCCCAAGGAUUACAAGGCCGCCACCGCUCUAUCCAACGACGAGCGCUCGAUCGUCCCCGAGGAGCUGGACUUCGAGACGGUGCACAACAUGAACGUGUGGGGCGUCGAGAAGACCAUACUGGUGCGCGACGCCAUGAAGAAGUGGAACACCUGCGUGCAGUACUGGAUGGCCAUCUACGUGUACAAGCGCUUCCCGCAUCGGGGCCUGCGCACGGUGGCCACCCUGGCCCUGUCGUCGCUCUGGCACGGCUACGCGGCCGGCUACUAUCUCACCAUCUGCCAGAUCAAUUUCUAUCUGCCCAUGGAGGACACCUACGUCAAGUUUUACAAGCACUAUCCGGACGGCAGUUUGCCUAAGAAAUUUCUGCACGCCUUCAUGUGGUUCUGCCGCGUCUCCUGCAUGUCGUAUCUCGGGCUGUCCUUCCAAUUGCUCGAGUUCCACGAGAGCUGGACGUUCUACAAGCGGGUCUACUUCAUCGGCCAUGUGUCGAUAGCCGUUGUAACAGUGAUAGGAUUUCUGAUCCGACCUUAUAUUCUCGGCAGCGAGAGGAAGAAGAGAGAAGACAAAAAGAAGGAAUAAAUCUUCUGUGGAUUCAACGACGAGUCGUUCAUAUCGAUUACGCACUUUUUGCGUAUAUAUCAGCGGUAUAACGAAAAUUGUCCAUUUCUCUUUUGUUUUCAUUUUUUGUUAUUUUGUUUUAUGGCGUAACGAGGAAAAUUGUAGAAAAAAGUGUGUGAGAGAUCUGCAUUUAUAAAAAGUUUUUUUUCUUUUCAUGUCAAUGCAACUGCGCGAGCGUAGUUGACUUCUUCUUUUUUGUAAAUAUUAUGAAAGAAAAGUGGAAAAUGUAAAAAAAAAGAGCAUGACGAUCAGAGCUCUGCACCCGCGCAGUUGAACUGAAAUUUAUUUGUUACAUUCGUGACUAAUCGAAAGGGAUUCCAAGCUUAUAUAACUUCAUUAUUUAAUGAUCUUUAUGUGUGUGUUCUUUUUUAUAAAUACAUUUGUUACUUGCGUGCGACUCCGAAACUAUCCGAGUUCAAACUUGUUAUUUCUUUCAGAGUAUUUAUUUUUUUUUGUCGAAACUUCGUAUGCACAUUAAGUUUUUAUAUUUCAUGUAAAUAGUUAAAGUGAGUAGU